AUGGCAGGUUCUGAAUUUUCCCAAACAAGCAACGAGAACUCAGAAACGCAAUUCAACAAACGGCGUCGUUGUUUCUGCUUCCCAUCUUUCGGUUCUACAAAUCAAUUAUCAACACGGUCCGUAUGGGCCAAAGGAAUCAACGCUCUGAAGAAGCUACGAGAAUGGUCGGAGAUGGUGGCCGGACCAAGAUGGAAGACUUUCAUCCGACGGUUCAAUCGGAACAAAAGCGGGAGAAUUAAUGCUAAAUUCCAAUAUGACCCUCUGAGUUACUCACUCAACUUCGAUGAAGGGCCUGGGAAUAACAAAGAGGAGGAAGAAGAGUAUGUGCUGCGGAAUUUCUCCACGAGAUACGCUUCAGCUUCAAUUUCGGCACCUGCUAAGGUAUCCAUGGACUUCAGUAAAGAUGGGCCCAGUUUCGUUUGA